GCGGGUCGUCGUCGGCUGUCGUCGGGAGUGCUCGGGAAGUGAAAAUAAUUUUAAUAUUUAAUCUCAUCGAAAUAUCCUUUUUUGUGACGAAUGUGCUCGUAAUUCGAUACUGUUUGUUAAAAAGAUCCUUGAAUGUGUUUAGUACAUAUUUUGUGCAGUUUUCAAGGUGUCUUAUCGAAUGUUUUUGGUAGGGUAAAAGCUCCUACAAUGAAUUUCUUAAAUUGCUUCUUGUGUUCUGGUGUUGAAAAAAAUGUGAAAAGCAACCAUGACACCAGAUAAAAAAGUACCAAGAGAACCGUCGAAGAUCCCGCAACGCACAAAAGCCUACUACACAACUACCGGGCAAUCCCUUUUUACAGCCGCCGGGUAGCCAUGGAAACGGCAAACUGCUAAUCGAUCCCGCCUACUGUUUGUUUACAUGCCGAUCUUCACACUUUGCCAGCAUAGCCUGCUUUUUGCAGACGAGCAGGCAGGUUCACAAGAUCGCGUGUCCUUUCGGCAUGGUCUAUGGCCUGGUACACACAGGUACAGAGCUACGAUUAAAGAAAGCCGUUACCGGCGAUUGCUUCGGGAUCAGUGCGUUGACGGACGUUGAGCGGUGAAGAACUAUGAGUUGCGGGAUCGUCGUUUUGGUGGUGCUGUUGUUUACCUUUGCACCGCUGUCCGAGGAGCGAGUCAUGAGCCAACUGAAGAAGAGCUGUACGGAGCUGCCUGCUCCGGUGCUGUCGGACAUUCUGGGGCCGGCCUUCAACUCGCGCUACAUGAGCAUCGACAAGCCGCCGGUGCUGGAUGAGGAGGCCAUUCGUGGGGAGGGCACGGGGAAGCGGGGCGGUCCUCGCGGCCUAUACCCGUCGUUCUACGUGGAAGAAGAUCAUCUGAUGGAGCUGGGGGAUGAUCCAGCAUGGGCGGUUCAUCACGUCAGCGAUACGGCGAAUCCAGUGCUGAAACCUCCGCGUUUAAAACGAAGGGAAACGGCGUUCAAUGCCCUGUUGAACGACAUGAGCCACGAGAGCAGAUCUUCGCGGGCGUACCGAGGCCGGGGACAAGCGGCGUCCAACGCCAGGCCUUGGGAGUGUGAGGGCAAGAUCCGGUGGAUCGAUCUGGGGUUGGAGUACUUCCCGCGGUUCCUGCGGACGGUGGAGUGCGCCAAGACGCGCUGCUGGUACGGACACUACCACUGCCGGCCACGAUCGUUCACGGUGAAGAUUCUGCGAAGGAGGUCCGGGGAGUGUGUUCCGGGUGGAGCGGAUCAACCCAACGUUGGGUCGGAAGGUCUUCCCGGGGAAUUGCGAGAGCUGUGGGUUUGGGAAGAACGAGCGGUCAACUUUUGCUGCGAUUGUACCGCGCACUGAAGUUGGUGAAGUUGUUGUUGUUAUUGCUUGUAUUGCAUUUUGUAAAUAGUGUGUCAACUCCUCCUGUGAAAAUCUCUCUAGUGUAAGCAAAUAAACCUUACUUUUAAACUUGACAAAACAAACCAUGUGUCGA